CGCUUAGCUGACAGCAUUAUGAAGAAGUGGCACGGUUCGACUGGUCUUCUCAUGCACAUGUACUUAGAUUUCUUAUUUCGCAAGUUCUGUAUGUGACUUUUUACUUUUAGUUUCUCGUCUGGGGUGAAGUAAGCGAAGGAGGAGCAUUUUUAUAUUGUUAUCAGUUGCUGUAACACCAUCAUGGCCAAACAGGACAACCAGACUGACCUCAACAUAAAGAACACAGAGAAAACCUCUGAAAAGCAGCAGCCUCUCACAAUCUGCCUGUUCAGCGCAGCAUUCUUUGGGGCCCUGGGUUCAUCUUUUCUAUAUGGCUAUAACCUCUCUGUGGUCAACGGGCCUUCUUUGUACAUAAAAGCUUUCUACAAUAAGACCUGGAUGGAAAGAUAUGGGGAACCUAUUCUUCCAGAGACAUCCACUCUUCUGUGGUCCAUCACUGUGUCCAUAUUUGCCAUCGGAGGCCUUCUUGGAACUUUAUCAGUCUCUUCGAUUAUCAAAGUAGUAGGACGAAAGGGAACCUUGCUGCUGAAUAACUGCUUUUCACUGAUAGCUGCUUUAUUACUUUCACUGGGCGAGAUAUCAAAAUCUUUCGAGAUGCUCAUCAUUGGCCGGAUCAUUAUGGGGGUAAACUCAGGUAUAUCUCUGAGUGCCCUUCCCAUGUACCUGGGAGAAAUAUCCCCGAAACACAUCAGAGGUUCCAUUGGCCAGUUCAACUCCAUCCUGAUCUGCUUGGGAGUUUUCACAGGACAGGUGCUGGGCCUACCCGAGCUCCUGGGUCAGGAGUCCAGGUGGAACUACCUGUUCACUUUCCUGGCAUUUCCGUCAUUGCUGCAGCUGUGUGUCCUACCUUUUCUCCCUGAAAGUCCCCGCUACCUGCUGAUGGAAAGGAGGGAUGAGGCAGGAGCUGAGCGAGCUUUUCAGAGGUUUUUGGGGAAGACGGAUGUGUCCCAGGAGCUAGAAGAGGUCCACGUGGAGGCUCGAGCUCGGGACAGCCUGAACGCUGUGUCUGUGUUGGAGCUACUGAGGAGCCCAGCUGUUCGCUGGCAGCUCAUCACAAUCAUCAUCACCAUGGCCUGCUAUCAGCUCUGUGGCCUUAAUGCAAUCUGGUACUACACUAAUGGGAUCCUACGGGAAGCAGGCUUAGCAGAGAAUUUACUCCCCUACAUCACACUGAGCACAGGAGCUACAGAGACUCUAGCCGCCAUCAUCUCAGGUCUGGUGAUUGAGAGCAUUGGGAGAAAACCCCUCCUUAUAUUUGGUUUCUCCUCCAUGGCCAUAUUCUUCAGCCUGCUGACGGUUUUCCUAAAUUUCCAGGACAGUGCGUCAUGGAUGCCAUAUCUCAGUUACAUCUGCAUUCUUGCGGUUAUCGCAGGCUUUUGCUCUGGACCAGGCGGCAUCCCAUUUAUCCUGACUGGGGAACUAUUUGAACAGUCAUACAGACCUGCUGCAUUCAUGAUUGCUGGCACUGUAAACUGGUUGUCAAACUUUGCCGUGGGCCUCUUAUUCCCCUUCAUUCAAGAAAAAUUGCAGUCCUUUGCCUUCCUGGUCUUUGUGGUUGUCUGCACCUCAGGGUCCAUUUACUUGUGUUCUGUACUUCCUGAAACCAAAAACAAAACCUUCAUGGACAUCAGCCAGAGCUUUGCUAAAAUCAACAAAAUGCCAGCGCCUUCGCCUGCCCAGGAGAUGGAAAUGGUCCUGUCCAUUAAGCCACAGAAGAACGGGAAAGCACAAGACAUCACAAAGAUGGAGAGCUCCUUCUAAGUUGCACUUAUUGUGGUAAAGGCAUGAUCAAAAUGUUAAAGUAAAAUGUUUUUACAUAUUUAUGCAGAAAAAAAGUCAAGGACAAGGAAUCGCAUGAUGAUAUCACUUAGUUAGACAUCAAUGUAUGCUUUCUAUAUGUUGUUUAGGGCUGGAACAUUAAAGAAUACCACAAUAUUACGCACUUAGUGGAUUGUUUGUAUUUACUGAAGUGUAGAUUUAUUAAGUCAUCCAAAGUGGAUUAAGGUGGAUCUUGCUAUCAAAAGCAACAUGUUUCUAAUUGAUUACAGGGGAAGUAAAAACAG